UUGAUACCGGCAGCUUUAAAUAGGUAAAUCCUCCUCCUGUGCUGCGGGAGUCUCCUUUUUUAAAAAAAAAUCUCGCCGCGUCACCGGGAUGCAGUUGCGGGAGCCCGGCUGCUAAACCUGCUAUUCACCACCAAAUUCACCGGGAAGGACCACCAAAGAUGUCAUCUUCAUCAACAACGAACAACUCUCGCUUUCUGAUGUUCUUCGACUUCGAUGAGACGAUCAUCAGCGAGAACAGCGACAACACUGUGGUGAAUCUCUUGCCAAACCAGCAGCUUCCCAGUUGGCUCCUAGACAGCUACCGGGAGGGGCACUACCAUGAGUUCUCAGGAAAGAUAACGGCCUACUUGGCAGAUCAGGGCGUUACCAAGGACGCCCUGCUGUCAGCGGUGCAGAAGAUCCCGCCCAAUCCGGGCAUGCUGGACCUCUUCCGCUUCCUGCAGAGCCACCAGCAGGACUUUGAGCUGGUGGUGGUCUCCGACGCCAACACCAUAUUCAUUGAGACGUGGCUGGAGCACAACAGGCUGGGUCACCUUUUCCGGAGGGUCUUCACGAACCCCUCCCACUUUGACGACAGCGGCCGACUCGUGCUCCACCCGUUCCACUCGCACUCCUGCCCGCGUUGCCCUGACAACAUGUGCAAGCAGGCAAUCCUUCACGAGUACGUGGCGGUCCGGGAGAAGGAGCGAGGCGGCGUCGGCUUCCAGAGGGUGUUUUAUGUCGGCGACGGGUCCAACGACGUGUGCCCCACUCGGGCUCUGGGACCCCAGGAUACCGCCUUCGCCAGGAGGGACUACCCCAUGCAUACGCUGAUGAUGGAGAUGCAGCAGUCAGAGUCCACCAAGAUAAAAGCAAACGUAGUUCCCUGGGUCACCGGGGCGGAUAUAGAGGACUACCUAGGAAACAUAAUGAAGGAGAGAUGACUUUCUCUGGGGUUUUUCUUCUUUUUAAGUGUUAGGGAAAACAGGAAAGGUGAGAAAACAUUUGCAAUUUGCAGCAAAUUUAGAUGAAAUCAACAGAAAGUUUCUUGGUAUUUAAAAUUCACAUGAUCAGUAAUCAAAAAAUUCACUUUUUACCUUUUGUUUUAGCUUUUGAAAGUACUUUUAAAAAAUUUUAGAAUAAAGGGAAACCAGAUGUGCUUUUGAACAGAAUGUAAAGCUCCCGAUUUAAAGCUACAGUGUGUAACAUUUAGGAAAGAAAUUUGUUUUCUACAUAUUUGUUAAAAUUAUCAUGUCGGGACAAUAUAAUAUAAUAUAGACAAGUGAAAAAUCUAGCUCUUUUGCCUUCUCCCUGUACUAACUACAGAAGUAAGAAACAACCAAUCAGAAAUUGGAGGAGGCUCUUAGCGCUGUCAAUCACUCUUGUGAUAAGAAAGUGCUUUCUCUUUGCUAAGCUAUGGGUGGUUAAUAUAACUUUCCACCAAUGCUAAAGCUAGUCAGCAUAGCCACCAAUGACAGAUAAAUGGUGACUUCCACCAUUAGCAUGUUGAGCAGCCUACAUGAGAUUGAUUGACAGCGCUAGGACCCGCCUCCUGGCUCUGAUUGAUUGUUUUUGCAGACCGCAAUAGCAGCUCAGGGAGGAUUAUCAGUCUCAUCACGAUGUGGUGACAGCUUUAAUAAAUAUGGAAAAAACAUAUUUUUGUAAAGGUUACAUACUGCAGCUUUAAUAACCUCAAGAGUAAAAGCAGUUUUUUAUGAAAAAUAUUGAAUUUCCGACAGCAGGUGAGGUUUAUCCAGCUUCAACGCUUUGUUGAAGGUUUGACAAUAGUUACACACGUCGGAUGUAGCGAGGGACAAAAGACUGGCGGUUUCAUCAGGCAGGGACACAGCAGGGAUAACGUUGCAGAUACUCAGGCGCGGUACCAGAAACUUAAUCUGGGGAUUGAUUUUUGCAGCAGUAAUCUACACCAGCGUGAAACACAACAGGAACGCUGAAGAAAUUCACUCCCUCUAUUUCCUCCCCAUGAAGCAAUAUAGGGCAAAGUACAAAGUUUAGAUAUAUUGGUCUAUUUCCUGGUAUUAUAUAAAGCAGGGGUCUCAAACUCCAGUCCUGGAGGGCCGCUGUCCUACAGUUUUUAGAUGUGCCACAGGUACAAAACACUGGAAUGAAAUAGCUUAAUUGCCUCCUGCUUGUGUAGAUAAGUUCUCCAGAACCUUGCUAAUGACCUAUUUAUUCUAUCCAGGUGUGGUGAAGCAGAGGCACAUCUAAAUGUUGCAGGACUGUGACCCUCCAGGACUGGAGUUUGAGACCCCUGAUAUAAAGCCUACACAAUUAUUGGAACCCCUGUAGGGAUUUAAAAAAUCCUUUUUUAUUUUUAAAGUAAACAAUAAGGUUAAAUUAUUUUUUAAACAUAUAUUUAAAUAAUAAUUCAAAUUUUUAUUUAAAAAAAUCCUGAGAUUGAAUUAAUCUAUUGUAAGAGAGGCACAAUAUCACACUGAAACUUUUAAAUAAAAAAACUUUCAUUUUAAGUAGGGAAAGGCAACUAUUGCUUAAAAAUAAAAGCUCAUAAAAUCUCUUUUUUUCUGUAAAACAAAUUACAAAUGACAUAAAAUAUUUUCAAAAAGAGGCUUUUAUUCCCAUCAUAUGUUCUGUGCAAGAAGUUUUUUUUAAAUCACAAGAAUAUAGCCGCAAUAUAAUUUGUAUCUUUCAAAAUGGAAAAGAUGAUUGUCUCUAUGGCAACCAUUAAUAACAAAUUAUAGAACAGGGUUGUCUCUAACUUUAUCACUAAUCUCUGUCUCUCAGCAUGUCAUUAGGUGAUGAGCGUCUUUUAUUAUGCCAGCGAAUCAUGAGUUCAUCUUAUUUUGACACUCUUGUCAGAAAAAGAGUAGACUUCCUUUCUGGAUAUUGUUGGAAACUGGUAAAGCAAGUAUUAGAGUUAAACUAAUCUCAUUCAAUACACAAGAAAAAAACAACAAUAGCAGCAAAUACACAUGAUCUUAAAUAGAAAAUUACACACAUGACCAACAGUAUGAAUUUAAAUGCAAAGCUGGGGAGGCGAAGGGACUGAAAACAAGCCGACGGCAUCAGCGCCAGAUGAGGAGUCUUGGCACAACAUGCAGGAAGGAGGAAGGCAAAGGAAGAACAAAAUGUCCUGCUGUUUAGAAAACUGUAAAGAGUGGCUUCUUGACGUCAUCAAAUCUCAACCACUGGAUGGGAAAAUUCAGUUUCUGUCCCACAAAUUUAAAGAUAAAUAAAUGGGCCUUUUUCUCAAGCUGUUUGAGGGGGAAAAACCUCCCAGAUGGGUCUGGUGUGGGAAAAAAAUCUCCAUAGCUUAAAGUAAAAAAAUAAAUUUAAAAAAAAACUAUACCCAAGGAUGUCGUCAUUGAGUCGCCAGGUCUCUAUGGCAACCAUUAAACAAUUUCACCUUCUGUCUUUUUGGAUCUGAUGUUGAGUAAGGUGGAGAAUAAUCAUGCUGUGGGCCUGUUUCUCACCUAAACACAAAGGCUACCUUAUUAGAGUGCAUGACAAAAUGCGUGUUUUAGAAUCUAAUUUACAUUUUUAAUUAGAAAUCAGAUCAAUGUACAUGUUUCACCAGACACAAAAUGAGCCUUUUAAAUGGUAAUCAUAGGAAUUCAGACCUAAGUCCUAAAAAAAUAACAUUUAAAAACUGUGGAGUGAACUGAAAUGAGUAUCAUUGCACUCGGGAUUUUGUUUAAAAACUAAAAUUUCCUUAAAACACAUUCAUAGCCUUUUUACACAUCUCUAACAGGGGUGCCAAAAACUUUUGAUAUGAAUAGUGUUAGAGUGUUUUUUUUUUGUUUGUUUGUUUUUUUUACAAUAUUUGUUUCAUUUUCUCAAUAAAUAACCCAAUCAAUCUCCUUGAUUAACAAGAAAAUCAAUUAAAAAUACUAAUAGAAUAGAUCUGUUUUUAGUUUUUUAAUAUGUUUGAAAUCAGACAAAAGGAGGCCUUUUUAACAUAAUUUUUCCCUCAUUUAAAACAGUAUUGCAGAAGGUUGGUUCUUUCAAAUCCCAUCAGGUUUUAGAUUGAAUAAAUAACAGGAUGGUUGGUUGAUGUUAACUUAUUACUUUCCAUAUCAUACCACUGUCAUUUGACGCCAUGCAGUGGAAUAUUUGUGUGCUGAUUCAUUUGAAAAAAACUAUUAAACUAUGAAAAUAUUAUCACUGAUCAGCCACAACAUUAUGAUCAAUAAAUGGUCUUUACUGAUCGAAACUGAUUCCUACAGAUCAACAUUGAUCUAAAUGAGAGGAUUCAAAUAUCCCAGCUCAAGUGUAUUGAGUGAUAUUUUGCUGAUCGGUAGUCAUAAUGUUAUGCCUGAUUGGUUUGUAGCCUUAAAAAAGGUAUUAGAAAUGUCCUUUAAUGUGUUCAGUUUCUCAGGGAGAAGAGACAGAAAAUAAGCAAAGAUGAUAAUAAUAACAGAGUUGAAAACAGAUUUUUACAUGCAGUGUAAAAAUUAUAAAACAUUUUUUACACAUUUAUUUUCAUUCGGGAUUACCGAAACAAUUUCUAUUUGCAAAAUGCCAAAUUAAUGAGAAAAUAAAUUUAUUUUAUUUAUAUUUUUCAUUAAAGUCAGCUGUCGACACUCUGUAAGAAACUAUGCGUUUAAACUGCUGUGACAUCAUGGGAAAAUUUCCCCCAAAAUAAAAAUAAAAUCAAGAAAACAGAUUUGAACUUUAACUAGUUUGGUUCAUACUUCUCCAGAUGCCUGAAAGGAAAGCACUAUUUUUAACUGUUUAAACAAUGAUAUGCAAGGAAAAAAACAACAGGGGAAAUUCAGAUUCAAUUUAUUUUUGCUAAAUUUUAAAUUUUACAAAAAAACGAAACAAAGCAAUAGUUUACAGAAACAGGUUGGUGGAAAUGUCAACCCAUGUUUCCGGUCAGGUUUUAUGUCACAGAGAAAAUGUGUGACCUCACAUGACCUUUAGUAGAUCUUGGCUGUGAUUAUUAACUGUGAAACGAGUUCUGUACUGACUAAAUGGCCGCUCAGUGAAGAAGAAGAAGAAGCCAUUACAUCAAAAGGAGCAUGAAAAAAUUCAGUUUGGACAAUUUUAUGCUACAUUUAGAGGAAAAAUGAGAAAGUUUGGAGAUGGUAGCAUUAUAUCGUGGACUGCCAAAUAUUAAGACAUGUUUGGCUUUGAACAAGUUAUAAAAUUCUCAUUAUUCUGGCAUUUAGCAAAUUCAACCCAUUUUUAAAUAAUCCUAUAGAAAUCGUUUCAUUUAAUGUCAGUCAGAAAAUAUAGUCAGAAAACAGAUUGUUUUUAUAGUGUAUGAAAAGAGCUGGUUUCAACUAUGUGUUUCAUAUAUAAAAAUGUUUUUUUUUUGGAUUCUCACAAUAGCAAAUCUAAUUAUUGAAAAGUGUUGGUGACUAAUAAAAUAAAGACUAAAUCAUCACAGCUACAAAACAAUCCUGAAAUUCUUUGUGAUCAAAUCUUACGAAUGCUCCUAAGAUCCGAGUUUACCUUUGUGUGAUGCUACGAUUCCUAAGAAUUCACCAGCUUAGAGUAAUUUAGCUGCUCCCUGUAGCUUUUGUGCAAUAAUUAAGUUGUAUGUAGUUGAUGUGCAAAGAAAUAAUCAGGAGAAAAACUUGACACCCGACACUUUCAGGGUAGCAUAUCGAGUCCAGUGCAGCAAUGUUUUAGUGACACGCUAAAUAAAAUAUGUUGUUUUCACUCUGUUCCGAUGGUGUGCUACCCUUUUCGUAUUGUGCUGCUUGCUGUCUGCUGCACGUUUAAUCUAGGGCGGUAAUACAAUGUGUAAAUGCAUCAUUGUAACAGGAAGAUAAAGCCAUUCAUUAUCAGA